GAUGUGCUUCACGAGAGAAGUUCGUAGUAAUUUCGUGUUUUUCUCAAGGAUAGCAGUUUUUGUGAUAAUUAUUUUGAUAAAUAUCGCCUUCGGGACACCGGGUUCCCAGACGUGUCCAGAAGAUAUAUCAAACAUAUCUGACUUAAAUGCUUCUGUCACUUGGAUCUCCCGAAAUAUUUCUAAUGAAAUAAUUAUAUCCGUACCACCUUGUACAAACGAAAAUGGCCAUUUGGUAACCAGGAUUUGCGAAAAUGAGUCCUGGAAGCCAGAACGAUUUAAAUGUUCAAAUAUCAGCCAGAUACGAAGAUGUCCCCUAAAUUUUGAAGAAACGUCCAAAACAUGCCAAUUCAUCUCAUCCCCACGUCCAUGGAGCAACAUCUGCACUUUAGAAACCCUAACUGAACCUACAGCAAAUACAACACUAGAAAAUGAAUUCGUUUGGGUCCCUUACAAGCGGUUUUCAAAAUACGGCCCAUAUGAAGCUGUCUCUUGGGGUGAGGAUAGAGGCAAACAUUUUGACAAGGACCUAGUUGCAUCUAUAGCUGAUCCAGAUUUUUUUAACAAAGAAUGCUUAAUUAUAAAUACAACAUCGGAAGAAUAUUUUCCAGAAUUUUGUUUUAAAGAACACAGGCAUGUAUGCGCUUUCAAUAAAAAGGAAGCAAAUGAAAGGUGUCCCAAAAACUGCGUAAGUGCUGAUAUACUAUCAGAACGGUGUUACUGCAAGAAGGAAGGAUUCUAUCCGUCAAAAUUGACAAAAAUAGAAACAAUUUUUGAUCUGACUGUUCUAAAAGAUUUAGUGAAAGGAGAUGAGUGCUAUGUGAGCAGCGAUUUACCCUAUGUUUCAAGCAAACCUCAAGCAUUGAGUGAUAAAGCAUGGUUUUAUACUGAUAAAUCCCUACAGUGUUCUUUAUGUACUGUUAAUAUCCUUAAAACAAUUAGCAAUGAAGAAGUAGAAAUGGUACUAAACUUUGAUGAUAAUCAAAUUAAGCUAUCCCUUACUAUCUAUAAUCCAGAAAGUCUUUUCGAUAAAGCGAGUGAAAAAACUAUUUACUGUUAUACUGAUGCAGCGCAAUAUGAUUUAAAAAAGAGACUCACAGUUGACAUAGUCAUAGAAUAUAGAGCAACUCUAUCAUAUAACGUUUACGAAAUUAACUUGGAAGAUAAGUAUAUCGGCAACUAUUGGUGCGAAGCCUACAAAGAUAUCAAUGAAGAAAAUGUAGUUUACUCCAAUAGAGUUCUAGCUUAUAAAGAAAAAACGGGUAACGAAUUUUCUUUGAGAGUCACUAUUAAGAGUUUUUGUAUACUAUUCCCUUGUUCAUACGAGCAUUCUAUAAAAUACGAUGAAGUAUUCAAAAAAGUAUCUUUAGAUAACUUAAAGUCAGAAAUAAGAGUGAUGGAUAUAAUACAUUUUGACUUCGAAUCAAUAGAUCUGCUGCUCCACAUCACCACUAAUCACAACCAAUCCGUAAUGGAUGAUUUUUACCAACUUAAAAGUGAGCUGGACAAUCUGACCCAGAUUUCAAUGAAUACAUUCACAAGUAGCGAAUAUUGUUUACCCGAAACCGAUGAUAACAAUUUAACCUGGCCUUUGACUCGUAUAGGUCAAGGAGCAGUAGCGAACGAUAUGUGUUUACAGGAAAAUGGUUUACCAGUGGUAAGAAUUUGUGAAGGAAAAUUUUUAUAUGGAGGAGAAUGGGGCAAAAUGUUGGGCGAGUGUCAUCAAGAUGUACAAGUCCCAGAUAGCAGCAAAUACAUAAAAUCUACCUUAAAUCAAAAUAUAAGCCAAGAAAUUGUAUCUAAUGUCACAUCAGUUAUAAAUGCUGAUCCCGAUUUACCCGUGCUAUCAGUUUACAUGGUAUCUAAAUUCAUGGAUAACAUGUAUUCUCAGUUGAAUAACAGUAAAUUUGAUGGAGUAAGCAGUACUUUAGAAAUAACAGAUAGUUUAUUGAACAUUAAUAAACAGUCUUUGAUAUCUGCUCAGGAAUUGUUGAACGUAUCUGAUGACUUAUUAGACUUGGUAGAUAAUAUUCUAACAGAAUCUAAUGUGCAAUCUAAUGUAAUGUUACUACAAAAGAAUAAUUUAAUUAUACAUAUUAGUAAUCCUUUGUUGAGCGGUGUAAGCGGAUUGGUUGUAUAUGAACAAGAAGGAAAGCCAUUAAGGAUAGAAAGUCUAGCUAGAAAUACCACUUUUGAAAGUUUAGAAUCCGAUGUCUUGAUUGCAAUGAUAGUUCCAGAAGAAAUUUUCAAUCACCUAAAUUCUAGUAAUAUAACAAUUAUAACCACACUGUAUUUUAAAGAUUCAUUUUUUGAAAGUAACUAUACCAAGAAGCCGUCUGGUCCUGUAAUAAGUAUUACUAUACCAGAAUUGGGUUGUAACCUACCCAGUACCAUACCGAUUUUAUUUAAAGUGUCCAAUUACACUGACCAACCUGAGUGUGGUUUUUGGGAUUACGGGAAGAAAACUAUGAGGACCAAAGGAAAAUGGUCAACGGUAGGCGGAAACUAUCUGGGCCAAUUUGAAAACAACAGUCUUUACCACAUUUGUUCGUUUUCGCAUCUGACUCAUUUUUCCUUGCUACGGAUAAUGUUACCUAAUGAAAUUAGCCCUGUAGAUGAUCGUAUUAUGGAUUUCAUAUUCUAUUUAGGAGAUGCUAUAACUGUCAUGGGUAUAAGCGGUAUUUUUGCGACAGCCAUUAUGUUCAAGAGAUGGCGCAGAAAGCAGGGAACCAUUAUAUUACUAAAUCUAUCUGUAGCUAUACUUAUAGAAGUACUUCUAAUGCAAGCAACGGAUACCAAAAUACUGUUUGCGCCACAAGGUUGUGGGGUACUAGGAAUUUUUUUGCAUUACAUUAUUAUUUCCAAAUUUUGCUGGAUGCUGGUGUAUUCUUUUUUGCAGUAUAUGAGGUUUGUUAGAGUUUUGUCUGUGUUGCCAGAAUAUAUUGUUCUAAAAUCUGUAAUAUUUGGUUGGGGUUUUGCUAUUAUACCAGUAACUAUCGUAAAUAUUAUAACCAGGAGUGCAUAUACACAAAAGAAAUACAAUUUUUGUUACCCCACAGGGGUUUACCUAUAUCUAGGUACGCUUAUGCCGGUUCUUAUUAUAGUUUGCAUCAACACUUACGUAUUCAUAGCGAUAAUGAGAGAAGUUACUUUUAAAAACGUCGAAUCGCAUGGAAGCAAAGAAAACAUCCAUAAACUGCAGGUACAGCUGGCAAUUUUGUUAUUUUUUGUACUGGGAGUUCCCUGGUUGUUUUUCGUCUUCGCUAAUUUAAUACCAGUAUCUUGGAUUCAGAUUUCUCUAGCCUAUUUCUUUUGCGUAACUUCCAAUAUACAGGGUUUUAUUUUGUUUUUGUUUUAUGUUGUUUUUAAUAAUGAAACUAGAGUAGCUUGGAUGACAUAUAUUGGCAAAAGUAGAUCAAAAUCAUUUUCCAUUAGCACUAAGUUAAGUAGUCGAUCAUAGAAAUAGUAUUUAUCAUUGAAUCAUUUUAUGUUGUAAUACUGGUUAAUUAUCACUAUUAACGGUAUCCCACUCCUUUCACCCACUGCUUUAUUCUCAUUUUAGCAAAGUGUAUUCUCUGCCCGUAAGUUAAGAAAUGUUAAAAACAAUUUGACUGAAAGUUUGAUUUUGGAUCUCCACUGCUUUAAUAUAAAAAUCAAAUUAUCAUAAACAUUCAGAAAUCCCUAUAGAGUUACAGUUUAGAAAAUCUUAUUCUGAUGUAUCUGGCUAUUAGAUAUAUGUUAUCUUUUGGUAAUGGUGAUCAUAAAUCCUAAAUAUUCUCGACAUACUAUGUAUACUGCGAUAGUGGUUUUAUAGCUGAUGUUCCAUAAUAGUUACAUAGUGUUAGUAUAUUCAACCGACAACGGUUUAGCACAGAGAGCUCUCGUUAAUUGAUAAAUUUUGAUAUAGAAACAUGAAACCUUAAAGGGCUUAGUUACCGAGAUACAGGGUCUUAAAAUUUUUAUAUCAAAAUUUAAAAUUUGCCAUAAGCCAAAAAGGCCUUUAAAUAUUUUUUCAAAUAUUGUCAAUACAUGCAGACUUUUGUUCAGAAGCAAAACACCUUUAAUUUUAGCUCCAUAAAAUGUUCUUUACAUUCUCUUUAAUUUGCGGGAUAAGCAUCUGAGCAGUUGAUACGUUUUGCAGGAUUAUUCCUAGGCUUUGUACAUUCAGCUGUCUUGUGAUAACCUAUACUCUUAAGACAGGCAUGUGGUCUGUUGCAGAAUCUAUGUGUGUGUCCAUGUAUCUGGCAUUUUUACACUGUGUUAUGCAUUUAUUAUUUCUUAUUGCCUCUAUUUUAACCUUCUUAAGAUUUAGAUGCUGAAUUUUUUAAAUUUUGUUAAUAUCCUUUGUAUGAUCAAUUACUAGCGUUUACUUCCUUAAUCUUGAAACUACUUUCCUUUAAUUAUUCGGCGAUAUCUCCUGCAGAAGUUGACAGUUGCAAAUUUCUUACCAUUAAUAUAAGGAAUUUAGUAGUUUUGUUCUCGUAUAUGUGCAUUUCGAAGUCAGUCCCAUUUAUUAGAACUAUUAAUUUUUUAUAUUCUUCAUCAGAGCUAACAUCAAUUUUAAUCAGUUAUUCAUGACACUUGUAUUGUUCCAGGUUUUAAUUUCUUAUGAACUACAUUACAGUCGUUUACAUUGCUUAAAAUGACUGGUGGUAGCUUAAUGGCUGUAAGAGUUCUAGUUGUUUUUUUAGGACUUUCUUCUUCUUUCUCAUGUGAUUCUGUAGCUUUACAGUUAUUGUUAUUUUGGGAUUUAGGCAGACUAAUUUUUCUUCAUCAUCUGAAUUAAUUGGACUAAAAUUCGUUGUUUUUUGAUAUUUUAUAUUUUUAUUCAUAUUAACUCUACUUCUCAGUAGUAGAUAUAAAAGGCUAUUUUUUUUUUUUUAAAUACUACAUAAGGGGCGUUUAAUAAUAUUACAAUCUGAUCAAGAGUUGAUCAAUGAGUAAUUUUGUUAUAACCUAACUUAACUACUAGGGUUGCAAUCUUAAAAACUAAAGUUCCACUCUCUAGUAUACCUUAGGGUAUGAUACUAUUACACUAAACUAACGUGUAACACUAAACCGCACAAUGCUUUGCUUUGAUGUAUUUUUAUUCAUAUUUACUCUACGUCUCAGUAGUAGAUAUACGGUGCUAAAUAAGAAAAUUUAAACUUUGUGUAAAAUUUGUUUUUUAUAUCUGAAUGAUGUCUCACUUAAAUUCAAAAUUUGACUCUGAAUAAAUCAUCACCAAAUACUUCUCAAAAUGUAAAACUAUACGGGUAGUUUGACUAAAAUAUAUUUUUUUGCAAAUAAACUUUUUGUUUCACAACAUAAUCUCUUUUUUGCUCAAUACAUUUAGUCCAGUGUUUUUGCAAUUUUGUUAUUCCCUCCAAAUAAUAGAUUUUCUCAGGGCCAUUAAACUAGAUGUUUGUUUUAGUGAUGCCAUCUUCCUUCGACCCAAAUCUCUUACCACCCAGCCAUUCUUACAGGUUUGGAAAUAGAAAAUAGUCUCAGGGGUCUAAAUCUGGAGAAUAUGCUGGAUAAUAUAGCAGUUCAUAGCUUAAUUUGUGAAUUUUUGCCAUUGUUACUACACAUGUGCGCACUCGUGCAUUGUCUUGAUGGAUCAGUACUUUUUUCGCCAAAUGUGCUUGUGGUCUGCUUCAAAUCAGUAUCGUAUCUGUCCAGAAGCUCUGAAUAGUAUUCGCCGUUGAUAUUUUCACCCUUUUCAAGGUAAUCAAUGUAAAUGAAAAUGCGUGCAUACAAAAAAAUUGAACCAUGACCUUAUUGGCUAAUAGACCCACCUUUGACCAUUUUUGGUGUACGUUUACCCGAAAAAACCAACUAUGUUGAUUAUUUCUUGGUCUCUGGUGCGGUAUGAAUCCAUGUUUCAUCUACGGUAACGAAACGAUGCAAAAACUCGUUCGAAUUUCGGUUGAAUAUCGCCAAACACUUCUUUGAAGUGGCCACACAGUUGCGCUUCCAUCGCGCGGAUAGCUUUCUCAUAUCUAGUCAUGUAAAAUAUGAUGUGUCCACUCAGGUGAGAUGCCUUUAGCCUCAACAACCAUCUCACGCACCCUUAUUCUCCGAUCUUCCAAUAUCAUUUCAUGGAUUUUAUCGACGAUUGCUGGCGUGUCGACCUCUUUUGGGCGACCUGAAUGGUCGGGAUCACUUGAGCUGGUACGACCACAAUGGAACUCAGUACAUCACUACUUAACCAUUGAAAUUAAUGGUGCAGAGGUCACAGUAUUUAUCAAGCAUUUCCUUGGUUUCGUUGAUGAUUUUUUUUAAGCGAAAAAUAAUGCUUAAUCAGCACACGAAAUUACAUUUUUAAAAUUUUCGUUAAAAUUUACGAAAUUAUCUGCUUUUAAUUGCCGUCAAAUACAAACUGAAUAGCGCAGCUUGCUCAAAAUUGUACAGUAAUCUACUAAUAAAUGGCAGUUGAGGAUGGCGGUGUGGCAUUUAAAGAGACUGCGCGGGAAAUUCAAAACGUCACUGACAUAUCUCGUAUAUUCAAUUUAAAAAGAAAAGUCAAAUAAAAUGAUUAUAAUUUGUUGGGAAAUACUGUAUAGUUGAAUAUGUUUUUACAUGAUAGCUUUAAAUCCCUGUUAUACCCAAUUUUUUUUAUUGUGUACCCAACUAUUAUCGACGGCCACCUAUGAAAGACUGCGACACUGUUAUAGGACCCUGUAUAUAUGGGUUUCCUUUAUUAAUUAAAAUUUUAAUCAGAUUUUUGUCGUAUUUAGUUUAAGAAGUAUUAUUUUAUUUUUAGCCUUUAGUUAUUUUUUAGACAUUUCUUUCUAUUGCUUUAGUUUAGAGGAAGAUUUGUCCUCCAUUGUUUUAGUAGUAUCUUUAUUGAUUUCCUCAUUUCUUAUUCUAGAUCUUUUGUUGCAUAUUCUUCUUUUUUCUUUCCCAAUAAUAGAGUAUUAGCUCGCUCCACUAUAUUAUUUAAACUUUAGAAAUUUAUUGUAAGCAGGUGAUAAAUUUAACAUUAAUUAUAAUAUUGUUUAAACUUCAUGGUAAAAUAAAGUACUACAUAAAUCGAAAACAAUUGAUUUUUCAACUUGAUACAGGACUGACAGCAUUCUCAAAAUAGCAAAAAUUAAUGAAUUGCUGGAUGGGCAAAAAUGUACCAAAGCUGCAAAUUUAAUAUAAUUUUUAUUUCAAUAUUUAAGAUCUGGAGCUGAAUUUGCAGCCACUUAUAAUUCUAGUAAAGUAAUUAAUUGUAUUAAUUAACAAU